AUGAAGUGCUUCGUUGCCAUUGCUCUGCUCGCCGUUGCCGUCAGUGCUUCGCCCGUUGAAUACGGACACUAUGGUGCCCCCGCUCUGGUCCACGCUCCGCUCGCAGUCCAUGCACCAGUGGUGAAGCAUGUCGUUGCCGAGCCUGUUGCCUACCCGAAGUACUCGUUCAACUACGGAAUCAAGGACCCGCAUACCGGUGACAUCAAGUCGCAGGCUGAGGAACGCGACGGAGAUGUCGUCAAGGGCCAGUACUCGCUGGUUGAGCCCGAUGGUUCGGUGCGCACCGUCGACUACACCGCCGAUGACCACAACGGAUUCAACGCAGUCGUCCACAAGUCUGCCCCGGCCGUCCAGAAGGUCAUCGCUGCCCCAGUUGCCCACUACGCCCCGGCCCCAGUCCUGAGCCACUACGUGCACUAAGCGACG